AUGAGUAAACUCAAGACGCUAAAUAGACAAUUUAUAUCCAACCUAGACACCCAUAAAGCAGUCACCGAUGCCAAACGAAACCUAAUAUUGUCAAUAUUGAAAUCAACAACAACAAAACGAGAAGCUAAAAACUACCUCACUAAAUACCAAAAUCAAUUUGAUUUCAGUAAUUUGGAUUUUGCCAAUUCUGAAAUCGUUCCAUUGAAUAAGAAGGAAAAUCAGCGUGAAUUAUUUAUUCAACGGUUUUUAAACCGUCAGAAUCCAUUUGUAAACAUAUAUGAUGAAGAUGAACAGAAAUUGCAAAAGAUUCCCUUACGAUUGGCCAUUUUCAAAAUCAAGUUCACAACAAUUACUAAUCAACAAUGGGUGGGGAUAGCUGAAACAUUCAAGAGAUUGAUUAAUUUGGGAAUAUCGCCGAUCAUCUUGCUUGAUUUUGAUCAUUUGCCCGAUUCCUCGUUCAAGAAUAAUGAGCUAUAUAUCAUCGACCAAUCUAACAAGAUGUUGAACCGUCUUGGCAAACCUGAGGAGGAAGAUUUCCAGAUAACCAUAUUAAGGUCUUUAUUUACGAGAAAAGAUGAUCAACUAUCAAUGGACAGUUUGGAACUGAUUUUGAUUCCAUUAUACCAAGGCACUAUCCCGAUCUUACAACCAAUUGCAUACAAUUCGAAUACGUGUACUCAGGAGUUUAUGAAAAGUGACCCGUUGUUAUUUGCAUUGUGUUCUGCUUUGAUUGAAAAGAGGACUACUGACUUAUUGUCAAUCGAAAAGAUUGUCAUGAUUGAUCCAUUAGGUGGUAUACCAUCUAUAGAAAGAAAUCAAACAAGUCAUGUAUUUAUCAACCUUUCACAAGAAUAUUCAGAUAUUUUAUCUGAGCUUUACGUUGGACACAUAAAUCCAAAAAUACGAGGCUUGCAUGUGACCAAUUUGAAUAGUAUGAAUAAUAUACUAAGCUUCAUUCGUGACAGAUCGGGUAAUGAUGAAACUACUGGUAUCAUCACCACACCAGAGAUUAUGUCUAUCAACAACGAUCAAUUGAAUCCCAUUAUAUACAAUGUGCUUACUGAUAGGUCAAUCAUUUCUUCAUCUUUGCCUAGUCUGAAUAAGAGAACUCCUCAAGUAUCCACCACUAUCAUCAAAAAGGGAGUAAAUGUACAAGUAUUUGAGCAAGAUACUUAUAGUGGACAAUUUUCGAUGGAAAACCUAUUCAAAGAUAAAUUAGUUGACAAAUCCAGGUUGGUUGAGUUGUUGAACGAUUCAUUUGGCAAAAAUCUUCACGUUGAUGAAUACUUUAAACGCAUUGACAAGAGCCUAGCUACAUUCAUACUCGUGGGUGAUUACGACGGAGCAGCUAUAAUAACCUGGGAGAAGAGCAAAAACAAUGGCCACAAUAUUGCCUACUUGGACAAAUUCGCUAUUGCUAAACGAAACCAGGGCUUACCGGGUUUAGCAGAUAUCAUAUUCAAGAUUAUUCUACAAUCGCAUCCGCUAGAGUUAAUAUGGCGAUCAAGAAAAGUGAAUCCCGUGAACAAGUGGUAUUUCGAGCGUUGUUGUGGAUGUAUGAGCUCCCCUGAAUCGCAGUGGAAGAUUUUCUACAUUGGUGAUAUUUUUGACAAAAGAAUUGAUCGUUUAAGGAGAAAAUCCAUUCCUGCUGGUGUCAUCAAUGUUGGAGAGAAGUUAAACGAGUAUUCUGAAAUAUGUGAAGGUAUACCACCAUCUUUUAUAUAG